AUGGAGAUGCACGGAGAGGAAUCGGAGUUCACAUUCAUCCAGCGGGAAAAGCUAGCUGCGCCAUGGUCUCUCGCCCUCGUCGGGUUUGGCAAGAGGCGGUGCCGUCGCUGGUCCGAGGAUCGAUUGAUCUUUGCUCGUUUCGUGCCUGGAUUUCGCAUCUGCGGUAGUGAGGUGGUGUCGAACGAGGCGCGAGCGAUGCACAACGUGGGGCUGGCGGGGCUCACGUUCUGGAGCCCCAACAUCAACAUCUUCCGCGACCCGCGGUGGGGCCGAGGGCAGGAGACCCCCGGCGAGGACCCGCUGCUCACCAGCAAGUACGCCGUCGGCUACGUCACCGGGCUGCAGAACGCCGGCGCCGGCGACAGCCUCAAGGUCGCCGCCUGCUGCAAGCACUACACCGCCUACGACGUCGACAACUGGAAGGGCGUCGAGCGCUACACCUUCAACGCCGUGGUGUCGCAGCAGGACCUGGACGACACGUUCCAGCCCCCGUUCAAGAGCUGCGUGGUGGACGGGAACGUGGCCAGCGUCAUGUGCUCCUACAACCAGGUCAACGGGAAGCCCACCUGUGCCGACAAGGAUCUCCUGUCAGGAGUCAUUAGAGGGGACUGGAAGCUCAACGGGUACAUUUCGUCAGACUGCGACUCGGUCGAUGUGCUGUACAACAACCAACACUACACCAAAACCCCCGAGGACGCAGCCGCCAUCUCGAUCAAAGCAGGGCUGGACCUGAACUGCGGCAACUUCCUGGCGCAGCACACGGUGGCGGCCGUGCAGGCCGGCAAGCUGUCGGAGUCCGACGUCGACCGGGCCAUCACCAACAACUUCGUCACGCUCAUGCGGCUGGGCUUCUUCGACGGCGACCCGCGGGAGCUGCCGUUCGGCAACCUUGGCCCCAGCGACGUGUGCACGUCCUCCAACCAGGAGCUGGCUCGCGAGGCCGCGCGCCAGGGCAUCGUGCUCCUCAAGAACAGCGGCGCGCUCCCGCUCUCCGCCAGCUCCAUCAAGUCAAUGGCCGUCAUUGGCCCCAAUGCCAAUGCCAGCUUCACCAUGAUCGGCAACUACGAAGGCACGCCGUGCAAGUACACGCCGCCGCUGCAGGGCCUGGGCGCGAACGUGGCCACCGUGUACCAGCCGGGGUGCACGAACGUGGGCUGCAGCGGCAACAGCCUGCAGCUCGACGCGGCCACCAAGGCCGCGGCCAGCGCUGACGUGACCGUGCUGGUCGUCGGCGCCGACCAGUCCAUCGAGCGCGAGAGCCUGGACCGGACGAGCCUCCUGCUGCCGGGCCAGCAGCCGCAGCUCGUGUCCGCGGUCGCCAACGCGUCCAGAGGCCCGUGCAUCCUCGUCGUCAUGUCAGGCGGCCCCUUCGAUAUCUCGUUCGCCAAGUCCAGCGACAAGAUCGCUGCGAUUCUCUGGGUCGGAUACCCCGGCGAAGCCGGCGGCGCUGCCAUCGCCGACGUCCUCUUCGGCUACCACAACCCAAGUGGAAGGUUGCCGGUGACGUGGUACCCCGAGUCGUUCACCAAGGUCCCGAUGACCGACAUGCGCAUGCGGCCGGACCCGUCGACGGGCUACCCCGGCCGGACGUACCGGUUCUACACGGGCGACACGGUGUACGCGUUCGGCGACGGGCUGAGCUACACCAGCUUCGCGCACCACCUGGUGUCGGCGCCGAAGCAGGUGGCCCUGCAGCUCGCGGAGGGCCACACGUGCCUGACCGAGCGCUGCCCGUCCGUGGAGGCCGAGGGCGCGCACUGCGAGGGCCUGGCGUUCGACGUGCACCUCCGGGUGCGGAACGCGGGCAAGAUGUCCGGCGGCCACACGGUGUUCCUGUUCUCGUCGCCGCCGGCGGUGCACAACGCGCCGGCGAAGCACCUGCUGGGGUUCGAGAAGGUGUCGCUGGAGCCCGGGCAGGCGGGCGUGGUGGCGUUCAAGGUGGACGUGUGCAAGGACCUCAGCGUCGUGGACGAGCUGGGUAACAGGAAGGUGGCGCUCGGCAGCCACACGCUGCACGUCGGGGACCUCAAGCACACGCUCAACUUGAGAGUUUGA